AUGGCAUCCUCUUCUAUCAAACAGCAAUUGGUAGAAUCAGUUGUACCUCCGUAUCGUACAGCGUACACCACAUUGAACGAACAGAUUGUAGCAAAGCUACUGGCAGCUGAUGUCGAAAGUGAUCAAACAAGUAUCCAAGAGUUGGUUCAUUCGCUCAUGUACGCCGCGAAGAAUGUUCAUAGUCAAUUACAUGCAGCUACUCAAGCCAUUGAAAAGUUGCGUACUGCUGCCGCUGAACAGAUCAGUCAGUUGGUUCUUUCCGUAUCGAAUCAAGAAGAACAAAUACGCAACACUCAAGAAGCUAUUCAUCGAGCAAAUCAUAAUAUUCAUUCUGCACAACAUCAAAUCAAUGUGGUUCAAACAGAGAUACAUCACAGUCAAAAUUCGUUAAGUUUAGCCAAUCAAGCAGUCAUAGAUGCCGAGGAAGAGGUUAGACAAGCUCGCAUAUGCCAUAUGGGACGACGUAGGAAGCGUUUUCUCGGCGGUCUCCUUCGAGAACUGAAUCCAGUUCGAAUCUUCCGUAAUGUAAUCGGUAAACCAUUGUGUAGUGUGAUUAAUUCAGGUGGUAUCGACAAUGCUAAGGAAAGACGAGCAUCGGUACACCACAAUCUGCAGCAAGCACAUGAGCGUCUUCAUCAACAUCAGCAGAACUUGAACAAUCAACAAGCGCAUUAUCAAAGAGUUCAAGCAGAACUCAACGACGCCAAUGCUAAAUUGCAGGCGACUAUAUCUAGUCUAAAUGAACAACGAGCCGAACAAUCCUUGAUAGCAUCAAUGGAGAAGCAAUUGAGAAGUGUUGAACUGCAUCUCAAGCACAUACUCGGCUCAUCCACUGUACUUCGUGAUGCAAUCGUUCAGUUGAUAGAUUUCGAAACGGUCAUUGAACCUCUCAAUAGUGUCUAUCAUGAAAUGCUCAACAAUAGUGUCAUGAGACCGUUGGGAUUUGAAAUUUCUCAAGAGACUACGAGUCAAAUCAACACAAAUCUAAAACAACUGUCCGAUAAAUUACCUCAAAUGCCGAUGAAUACCGGACUAGAUUCAAGCGACGAAGAAGAAGACAAAUGUGACUUAAGUGCAGUUUAUGAAGAAUCUUCCAGCUCUACGAUUACAGAUUCUGUAUCGAAUAUGUCAGAGGAAGAUGAAACAAGAGAUCCGUAUGCGCCAACUGAACCCAUCGAUUGCUCACCCUUAUCGACUACGUACAGUGUACACAUACAAUCUUUUUCGUACAAUAGCGAUUUGAAAGAAUAUCAAGAAGCUGCCGAACGAGCCAAAUCUAAGUUUUAUACCUGUCUACAAGAUCCACCUGCGAGAAGACCGUCCUAUGCAACGUUUAUGCGUGUUACGAAGGCAAUUCAUAUAGAUGAUCAAUACACUAACGAACAAAUCCGGCAAUGUAAUUAUGUACCAGAAUGUGUUCAAAAACUUUGGAUCACAUACGAGUUCUCAAAAGCAUAA